AGCAAAGGAAAGAAAGGAGAGAAGAAAGACAAGAACCGCCGAGAUGACGGAGGAAACGUGUCGUCGGGCUCGGCUGACGUGUGUCUGGAGAAGCAGCUCGAGCGCUUCGAGUGGCAGCUGAGGACGUUAAAGGAAGUGCUGUCGGCCAAUGGGAACCCGGAGAGGGCGGAGCUUCUGAAGGACCACGGAGACGAGGAGGUGUGCGCUCUGGUCCUGAGCAUCCUGGAUAAGGUGAAAACGGAGACGACGGCGGAUUUAAACGUUCUGCACGAACAGAAAAGUCAAACAGCUACUGAAGAUCACGAGAGACGAGUAGAAGAACUUCAGAAAAGAAACAAAGAAGAAAAAACUGAACUGACUCAAAAGUUUCAGGCUGCUGAAAACGAGCUGAAGGUUAAGGUCUCCGAGCUGUCAGCUGAUCUGCAGAUUUAUAACGAGCUGAAGAGACGAGUCCAAGAAUCUACGUUCAAGAAAGAUCUGAAGAGGAAUAUACAGGCCCACGGCAGCCCCGGUGCAUUCUGGGAGUCUGAGCAGGAGUCUCUGCUGUUCGUCAUCGAGAUGAAGACUGAGCGCGUGCAGGAGCAGAGCAGGAAGCUGCAGCAGAUGGACAAGCUGGUGGAGAAGAAUCUGUCUCUAGAGGAUCAGAUCAUCAACAUCUUGCAGCAGAAUGAAGAUCUUGGAGUCAGAAUAGAAAACUAUCAAAGUCUCAUUCAGCAACUGUCGAAGGAGCAGCAGGACCUGAAGGUGGCGCUGGAGAGGCAGGUCGUCGUGAACCAGAAGCUUUCUCAGGAAAAAGAGCAGCUGAUGUUUAAGCUGCGUCACAGAGACUCGAGCCGCGGCCCGACCAUCCACCUGGCGGCCAUGAUGCCUGAGAUCGCUCCCAGAUGA